CCGAGCGGAUCGCGGUCGGUCACUGCAUACAGAAGCACUCUUUGUCUUGGCGAGAGCAACAAAGGAAGGCGACCCACCAACGCGAGAAGGAUAGAUGGAAGGUCUGAUCCCGUUCGUGAUCGACGUGAUCAGGAGGAGCCACGGGCGCGGCGGCAGCGGCUACCGCUCCGUCUCGUCGGACGGCGGCAGCUCCCGCGGCGGGGGCAGCAGGCGCCACCUCAUCGACUACUCGGAGCUGCCCGACGCCGCAGCCGCUUCCGCGGCGAGCGUCGGCGCCGCCGACUGGCCGCCGUCCGGCACGGUGCACCGCCGCGCGCGGUCGGAGUACGCGGACUCGACGGUCGUCGGGCGUCGCAGCGAGGAGCACGCCGGGCCGGCUUAUCGCCGGAAAUGAGGGGGCCGGCGACGCGCAUGCAGCCUCUCAACUUUGGAGGAUGCAUCGUGAGCGUCAGCCGUUCAGCAUGUUUGGGUUGCUGGUUGAUUAGUUCGCUACAGAUUUGCUCUGUUUGAUAAUUCGUUUAGCACCGCAUUGUAAUCUAAACAAAGGUGCGAACUUGUGAGCGAAACAAGGUGCUCACGGCUUGCGUUCUCAGAAGGUCAAAGUGAAAGCAUCUCUAGUUCUCUACUACUAGUAUACAGUAUUCGUUGUUGUUC